AUGAGUUUUUAUAUUCAAUCUCGAUCCAGCUACAGUCGAUCACUGAAUCGUGACAUAGCCAAUCAGGCAACUGAAAUUGAAAGACGAGCUCGCGCUCUGAGAGUUCUAGAUAUCAUAUCGACGAAAUCUUGUGUAGCUUCGAAUCGCCAGGAUCAUCUAGGUAUCGUUCAGGAAUUUCUGCAAACAGAUUCGAGGCGAUUCAGAGAUCAAUCGAUUUCCGAAGAUUUUGACCUCUCAAGAACCAGAAAUGGAAUAUCAAGCGUGUUGGAAGAAGUUAUGUUGGAGGAUUCUUCAAGUAUGCAGCAGCGAAAUGGGUGGAGUUUUGAUGCUUAUGGUUUAUUGUCCGCCCGCUUGCACGGGAAGCGGAGCACUAGGGCAAGGAAGAAGCGUUCAUUGCCAAACGCUACAAAUGGGUUUCAAGUCUUAUCUUCAUAUCUCAAACGCUCUCAUCUCUAUGUGGCUUGGCCACUUUGUCACUCGAGCAUAGUGGUUCGAACCCGUUUCUCACAUGGAAUCGAAUCCAAAAAAAGUGUACUCCUUUUCAACAAGUUGUCCUCUUUAUAUAUACCCUUCUCCACCACUACAAAGACGACGACAAAAAGAAAAAGUAGAACGCGCGAGAGAGAGAGAGAGAUGGAUCUGGAUUGGGAAGCUUUUUUCAGGGAUUACGAAUGGUUCAUCGAAUAUCUGAAAGGCAUGGUGAAGCCUGCGGCGGCGCUCGCGGUUGUGCUUUUGGCGGUGGCUCUUUCCUACUCGCAGAAGCUCUCUUUGGAAGGAGAGAUGAUCUACUCUGUUUUCCGAUCGUUUGUUCAGCUCUCCGUCAUCGGGUUCGUUCUUCAGUUCAUCUUUAACCAGGAGAACGCCGGCUGGAUCAUCCUCGCUUAUCUCUUCAUGGUCGUUGUCGCCGGUUACACGGCCGGAGAACGUGCGAAGCACGUGCCACGAGGAAAGUACGUGGCCGGAGUAUCUAUCCUCGUCGGAACAGCCAUCACGAUGUUCUUGCUCAUCAUCCUCAAUGUCUUCCCUUUCACUCCGAGGUAUAUGAUCCCAGUGGCCGGUAUGGUGGUCGGAAACGCCAUGACGGUCACCGGAGUUACCAUGAAACAGCUACGAGCUGACAUCAAGAUGCAACUAAACCUGGUGGAGACGGCAUUGGCACUGGGAGCGACGCCGCGACAAGCGACGCUGCAACAGGUGAAGAGAGCAUUAGUGAUCUCUCUAUCUCCGGUGCUGGACAGCUGUAAAACCGUCGGACUGAUCUCUCUACCAGGCGCAAUGACCGGUAUGAUAAUGGGCGGUGCGUCGCCUCUCGAAGCUAUCCAGCUUCAGAUCGUUGUCAUGAACAUGUUGGUCGGAGCAGCCACGGUUAGUAGCAUCAUGUCUACGUACCUUUGCUGGCCAUCUUUCUUCACUAAAGCUUACCAGUUACAAACUCAUGUCUUCUCUUCAGAUUGA